CGUUUUUAAUGAAUUAAUACAGCCUCCUAAAAAGUACAGCCUCCCAAAAAGUAAAUAUGUCAGAUAUUGUAUAGAGUAUGAUCAGCUAUGAUCAAUUGAUCAGGAUACAAUAAACUUGACCAAAAUAAGAUAGAUAGCUAAAAGAUAGAAACUAUAGAGAAAUUCCUUGAUGCGGAAGUAUAGAUAUAUUUGACAAUAUGCACCCCGGGCACGUAGCCUUAUUAGAUUUUAUUAUACUAUACAGAAUUUUCUCUCACUCAAAUCUACUGAACGAUAUUGAAAAAAAGUCUAUGUGGGGAAAGCAAUAGGAUAUCAUGAUAUGAUAUCAUUAUUAAAUCUAUAAAUGGGACGCCCUGGUCAUGCCGGAGCAGACAACUAUACUGAACGCAAAUACUUCAGCCAAGAAAAAUAUAUGAAGAGUCUAAGUUUGAUUGCUAUAGUAGCCGCUGCACUCUGUGUUAUGGAUUGCCAUACUGGCGCUACAUCAAUCAAUCAUAUCCGGCGACAGGAUGAUGACUGUGCCUUUAUCGUGUCGAUUGACGGUGGAAACUUGUUUGUGACCGGUGCAAUGACGGGCGAGACAGGCGGUGGUGAGGCUACAGCUGACAAGAUGUGCAUCUAUUACUUCAAACCCGAUACUGCAGGAGAAGAGUCCUCGUACACUGGCAGCACAUGGCCCUAUGUGAUUGUACCUAAACGUGAGGACAGCGACAGCGCAUGCAAUAUUCAAUUUGAAUCUGACUUAGAGAAAUCCAAACUGAAAGGGAGAGUGAGUAUAAACGAGGACAGCGAUGCUCUUCUUAUCAAUGGGCGGCAUGUUUAUUUCUUCACUAAGGAUGAAGAUAAUGAUUUGUGCACUGGCAACAGUGGCACUUGGGCCUCCAUCGAUGAAGAUGGUGAUACUACAGAGGGCGCAUACGAGGUAGAACCACUGAAAAACGCGAAAAACAUUGUUGUUGGCGACAAUGGCGACCAGAACGACAACGACAACGAUGAUGGCGACGGUAGCAAAAACGAAAGUGAUGGCGAGAAUAACGAUAAGGAUAACGAUAAGGAAAACAAUAGCAUCAAUGAUGGCGAUAAGGAUAGUGAUCAAAAUGACGACGACGAAGAUGACGAAUAAAUCAUUAUUCAGUAUCUGAAAUCUUUGCUUGUAUCCCCGGGGCGUCCUGCUAUGAUUUAAAAUUACAAAUAACGCAGUAAUUAAGUUAUCAAUGUUGGCGCAUUUUCUUCUCACAAGAAUAGGGGAGCGUGCUAUAAAAAUCAAUCAUUCUAGGUGAAUUCCAGGAUUUAGUAU